AUGAACGAAAAUCUAUUUGCCUCAUUCAUUACCCCAACAAUAAUAGGAUUCCCAAUCGUUGUAGCCAUCAUUAUAUUUCCUUCAAUCCUAUUCCCAUCCUCAAAACGCCUAAUCAACAACCGUCUCCAUUCUUUCCAACACUGACUAGUUAAACUUAUUAUCAAACAAAUAAUGCUAAUCCACACACCAAAAGGACGAACAUGAACCCUAAUAAUUGUUUCCCUAAUCAUAUUUAUUGGAUCAACAAAUCUCCUAGGCCUUUUACCACAUACAUUUACACCUACUACCCAACUAUCCAUAAAUCUAAGUAUAGCCAUUCCACUAUGAGCUGGAGCCGUAAUUACAGGCUUCCGACACAAACUAAAAAGCUCACUUGCCCACUUCCUUCCACAAGGAACUCCAAUUUCACUAAUUCCAAUACUUAUUAUUAUUGAAACAAUUAGCCUAUUUAUUCAACCAAUGGCAUUAGCAGUCCGGCUUACAGCUAACAUUACUGCAGGACACUUAUUAAUACACCUAAUCGGAGGAGCUACUCUAGUAUUAAUAAAUAUUAGCCCACCAACAGCUACCAUUACAUUUAUUAUUUUACUUCUACUCACAAUUCUAGAAUUUGCAGUAGCAUUAAUUCAAGCCUACGUAUUCACCCUCCUAGUAAGCCUAUAUCUACAUGAUAAUACAUAA